AUGUACUGCAUACUGAUCUCGGACGAUUUCUUUGAUAUGUAUGCACUGACGGGCUCGGUCCCAAGUAAAUGCCCUGGUCUGAAUCACAUGCAGGUUCAGGAUAUAUUACUGUGCACUAGUACUUCCUCAUCCGGUACCCCUGUCCCUGACGCUUUCAUGUAUCAAUGCGAGGGUGCGAGCCAGGCGAGUCCUUUCUGGCCGCAUAUGUUCACACUCGCUACCGCUUCUAGGCAUUGUCUACUAUCUGAAGCUAACCACCCGUGUACAUCAAACAAGGUAUCUCACAACAUGUACACCGCGGCCAUGUCUUUUCGAGGUAGAAUAGCUGUGCAGACGACUUGCAUCUCUCAAGAAGUCCUGGCCCAAGGCGGAAAAGAUGCCCUUAAGUUGCUUGGAACCAGAACGCAUCGUUUUGACGAGCCUUCAAAGUUGACUCUCAACCACCAACUAUCACAGUCAUUUCCGAAAACCUGGCGGCGACGUGUUCCACGAGGUGUCACCGACCUUGCUUCAUCGACCAUCGAUUGGGGUGCUUCUUCGGCCUGUUCGGACUAUACAAACUAUUUGGAACUGUUGUCCAGAAGUGGAUCGCCCGUUCUAUGUGUUAUACAGUUCACCCCUGAUUCGCUCGUUAGCGUGCAUCCAGUUGGCUAUUGCUCGCUGUGA